AUGCGCGGUUGGGGACUCUUCUUCUUUCUGCUUUUCCUCCUUGUCAUCUUCGCUUAUGGCGGCUGGAUCGGCUGGACGCAAUACAAAGCCCGGCGCGCCGGCCUCCCUCCUCCCUCAUGGAAACACUACGUACCAUUUGUGAAGUCGGAUCAGUCAACCACCAACUACCCCACCCCGCGCUCAUCAGGCCCGCUCGAAUGGAUCAAGGACCAGAUCUCGAAGAUUCGCAACCCUCGUUCCGCACGUGGCGCAUACGAGGAAACCGGCGCAGGAUAUGCGCCUCCUGGCAGAGGAAGAGGCCGAGGUUUCGAAGAUGAUGCCUGGGACACCCGAGUUGGUGGAAGCCACGAUGAUCCCUACGCCAACAACCAAGGCGGUUACGCGGCAAAUUAUGAAGAGCAGGAGCUUGGACUUGCGCCUACUCCUGGCCUGCACGCUGAAUCAUAUGGCGGUGGAAGCGGAUAUACCGGCGCUCGUGGACGGCAAGGAGGCGAAAAUCCAUUCGGCGAUCAUAAUGAGGCUCCCAGCUUGAGGAGCGUCAGUCCCCGACCGGAGAUGGACAACAGAGGCCACCAGGCCCAGGGAAGUCUGGACUCGGAGGCCGGCGGUGGAAGUCCGACAGGAACGAGAAAAAGUGCUUUCAGAGAAGGGAUAUGA